AUGUCCUCCUACUUCUCGUCCUUCACCUCCUCGAGUGCAAUAUCUAACCUCAGCACCCGUUUCACAUCUCUCCGGCGCGCCUUAUCUGCAAGUGACGAGAACGAUGACCCAGACAAUGAAGAUAACUCCCACAUCUCCCAUGUUCUACGCGGAUACUACACUGAAAAAGGCCGUCCUUUUCCUCCCUGGCUUCCCCCAGACCCAAAAUCCCCGCAGCGCCCACCUCCCACCGUUGCGACACAGCCGUCCUUUCAAGGUUAUGGUAGUCGGCCCAACGCUGCAGCUGGCCGCGGCGGCGGGCGCGGGGGUCUAGGCGACCUUUGGGGCGACUCCGCAACCCCUUCCGCGCCCUCGCAGCCGCAGACUUCAAGCCUUCGACUUGGAAGGGGGGCUGGUCCAGCACAAGCGCCCGGAUUCAAACCAUCUGCGUCGAGUUUACCUGGUCGCCCUUCGCCGGCGAAUACCCCCCGUCAUCCUUUCGAUCGAACCCAAUCAUCUUUCACAAGACCCCCUGGCGGCCCAGGAGGAACUGGCGGAGCGAGACCGCUUCCAAGCCAAAUGGCCGGCUCGUAUCAGGCAUCUCAAGCUGCGCAGCGGCCUGUUCCGGAUCGUACGCUCUCCGCCGCUUCGGCUCAGGAGAGACUGAGAGCGAGAUUACAUGGAGGUGGUAGCGGGGCCAGUAGCCCUGGAGGAUAUGGCAGCGUUUCACCGUCCGGAAAUCCGUCACGAAGUCCAAUGAGAGGCCCUCGCUGA